UCAGCUUGUGGGAAAAGACAAGAGAGCGUGUGUGGUCAGAUUUGGUCCUGGUUAAGUGGCUGUUCUGGGCAGGGCUAUAAAGAAAUAGCUGCUUGGAGUGGAAAUCAGUCAGUAGGCAAAGGCAAGGGUUCUGCCACUGACUUUGGAGAAGCUGUUACAUACUAUUUUGCCUUGGCCAUGGCAAGAAUCAUUCUGAGGCACCUGAUAGAGACUCCAGUGAGGUACCAGGAAGAGUUUGAAGCCCGAGGUUUGGAAGACUGCAGACUGGAUCAUGCUUUAUAUGCGCUUCCAGGUCCAGCCAUCGUGGACCUGAGGAAAACCAGAGCGGCACCGCAGACUCUUCUCCUGGACUCAGACACCCUGGAGAUGCCACCCCAGGAAGGCAAAGCCCGCUUCCAGAUCCUACUGGAUGUGGUCCAGUUCCUGCCCGAAGAUAUCAUCAUCCAGACCUUUGAGGGCUGGCUGCUGAUCAAGGCUCAGCAUGGAACUAGAAUGGACGAGCACGGUUACAUCUCACGAACCUUCACCCGGCAGUACAAACUGCCAGAUGGCGUUGAAACUAAAGAUUUAUCUGCCAUUCUCUGCCAUGAUGGAAUUUUGGUGGUGGAAGUAAAGGAUUCAUCUGGGACUAACUGAAGUCUUUAUUGGUUCCUGUGUAUGGGACAUGAGGAAGAUCGCAGUUCAGCCAAUGGUAUCACUGGAAUGUUCAUGCAUUCCCCACCCUCCCCCAUGUUUGAAACACUUUGCUGUGACUUUUAUGAAGAUUAAAAUAUAUGAACUUUAUAUAUACACAGAUUCUGGUA